CCCGUUAGAAAAUGUACCAUGCGCGUACACUUGAAGUCUACCAUUUUCCUUGAUCAACUGUUCUUUGUAAAACUCCUCUCACCAUGGCUAACUCUCUAGAACAGCUCAAGAAGUUCACUGUUGUUGUAGCAGAUACAGGGGAUAUAAAAUCUAUCGAUAAAUUCAAGCCAACUGAUUGUACCACGAAUCCUUCCCUUAUCUUCGCUGCAGCUCAAAUGUCUGAGUACUCAAAUCUUUUGGAAGAGGCGAUACAAUAUGGCAAAUGUAACGGAAGAACUCUUGAAGAGCAAAUAUCUGCUGCUAGUGACAAACUGUUUGUGUUGUUUGGGCUGAAGCUGUUGGAGAUGGUGCCUGGUGUUGUUUCUACUGAGGUGGAUGCCAGAUUGUCAUUUGAUGUUGAGGCAUCUGUUGCAAAAGCACUGAAGUUCAUAGAGUUGUAUAAAGAGGCUGGCAUUAGUAAGGAGCGUGUGUUGAUCAAGCUCAGCUCUACCUGGGAAGGCAUCCAGGCAGCAAGAAUUCUUGAAAGAGAUCAUGGAAUCCACUGCAACCUGACUCUACUAUUUGCAUUUGUUCAGGCUGUGGCAUGUGCAGAAGCUGGAGUCACUCUGAUCUCCCCAUUUGUUGGACGUAUCUAUGACUGGUAUGUGGCUAAGACUGGACAGAAGGAAUAUGAGCCCCAUGAAGACCCAGGUGUCAAGAGUGUGACAGCUAUAUAUAACUACUAUAAGAAGUUUGGGUACAAGACUGUGGUGAUGGGAGCCUCAUUCAGAAAUGUUGGCCAGAUAACUGGUUUAACCGGUUGUGACAAGCUAACAAUCAGCCCAUCUCUGCUGGAGAAGCUCCAGAACUCCAAUGAAGCAAUCACACAGAAGCUCUCUUCAGAGGAAGCUGGAAAGCUAGAUAUUGAAAAAGUGGAAGUUGAUGAAAAGAGCUUCCGAUGGCUUUUGAAUGAGGAUGCAAUGGCCACCGAGAAGCUAGCAGAGGGAAUUCGCAAGUUUGCUGUGGAUGCUGUGAAACUUGAAGGUCUUCUCAAAGAAAAAAUGCAGAAUGCAUAGAUUUCCUCUACUGAAGGUUUAAGACCACCUCAUACGCAAUGCACUGAUUGGCUAUAACUGAUGACAACUCAUAUUUGCUGAUUUUUUUCUAUACUAAAAAAAUAAAUGUUGCAUACCAGGAUAAUGGUGAUGCAUGUAUAUACCUCUGAUGACACUGAUUAAAUUUGUUUUCAUAUA